AUGGAGCUUCUGUGUCCCAGUGCCAAGAGGAGGAGAUCUGAGGACCUCGCAGCCGAUGAGGCCCAGCCGCGGGCAACGGAAGCCACGGAGGCGGCCAAUCUCGAACCUACAACCCACAGCAAAGAACCGCCGCCGCCGCCGCCGUCUGAAGCUGCUGCUGGUGGUGGUGGUGGCGGCGGCAAAGACGACGUCGACCGCAUCAGCGGCCUCCCCGACGCCGUCCUCGGUGAGAUAGUUUCGCUUCUCUCCACCAAGGAAGCUGCUCGUACCCAAAUCCUCGCCUCCCGGUGGCGCCACGUCUGGCUCGCCUCCCCUCUCGUCCUCAACGGCACAGACCUCUCCACCGAGCCUAAGGCCUACCCCCGCGACGAUAAGAAGUUUAACGCCGCCAACGAGGCCCUCGCCAGCGCUGUCUCCCGCAUCCUCUCCGCCCACCUGGGCCCCGGCCGCCGCUUCUGCGUCCCGCCGCACUUUCUCCAGGACCGUCCCGCCACCGUGGACGCCUGGCUCAGCUCCCCGGCGCUUGCCAACCUCCAGGAGCUUGAUUUCUGGGAUAUGAAAUAUUGGUAUAGGCAACCGUCUCCGUUGGCACCGCCACCUGCCUCUACUUUCCGGUUCUCGGCUACCCUCCGAGUUGCUACCUUCGGCAAAUGUGAGCUCCUGGAUAGUUCAGUGGAAGGGAUUCACUUUCCCCACCUCAAGCAGCUCGGCCUUGAAGAUGUCAGCAUCUCCGAGGGCUCACUGCAUACCAUCAUUUCCAGCUGCCCUGUCCUGGAGUGCCUGCUGCUUAGAGACAUCUUUGGGGUUGGCUGCCUCCGGAUUAGUUCCAGUAGCCUCAGAAGCAUCGGUGUGGGUGUUGGUUGUCUUAGGGAGAAUCUCCAGUUCUUACAGGAAGUCAUAAUUGUCGAUGCCCCUUGUCUUGAAAGAUUUCUCUAUCUUGGCAAGCCAAUGAAUUUAACUGUAAUCUCGGCACCUAAACUGGAGACCUUAGGCUGUCUUAUUGAUGAAUGGUCUCAUCCUCCCUGGCUUGUGUUUGGCACCGCAUCGAUUCAGGGAUUAAAAGUUGUAAGCUUGACAACGGCAUUGAGCAAUGUCAAGACUCUAGCCGUCGCAUCAGAUUUUAUUGAUCUUGAUAUGGUCAUUGAGUUGAUGAAAUGCUUUCCAUGUCUGGAGAAGUUAUACAUAAAGAUGUUUCUUCUUAUGGUUUCAUGGAGAAACCCUGGACCAUUAGCAUUGCUAUCAAGAGCAAAAAUUCAGGUUCAAACAUUUUACAUCAGGCACCUAGUAUCUGAGACAGAGCACAAGCAUGGCUCAAACUACCACCUCCAAUGUCCACAGUCCACUCAGGUCCGAGGAACUAUAUUAAUGAACUGGACUCCACAAAAAUGUGGUCCAGUAAUGAACUCUACCAUGACGGGUUACCAAAAAGCGGACCUGCUGCUCAGCUGUAAACUCCAGAUCUUUAGUUCAAGGAUUGUUGGUGUCGCCAUCGCCGCCCCCCUCAAACUAACAUCCCGCCACACCACCGCUGCCGCCGCACUUCCUCGUCACGCUGCUCAAUCCGGCUGCUUGACUAUUUUUGCCGCUCGGUCUGGAUGUUUGGUACCAAUGUCGAUGAGCAGCAAAUCAGAUUCCAUCCCUUCACCAAGUUCUGAGAUAGGAAAAAUACAGGCAGGCGAAGAGGGUGGGAGCAGGCGAUUAAACGCACCUGAGUUGUCCUCAUAG